CAGUGGGUAAGAUUCAAAUGGUCCUAAAAAUGUCUACCUAGUGCCAUUUCCACAGGCUAUGUCCACAUUAUGACUCCAGUAGAGGAUUCUAGAACCUUACUUGUGGACCCCACUCCAGAAUAUUUCUACGAAAAAUAGCAUUCUUAUACGCAAUAUUAAUACAGUAGUAAUGCUAUUUACUAGUAGUAUUAUUUUCCCCCUUCUUCCAUUACAUUAGCUCAAAACCUAAUCCUCCAUUUCCACCAAAAUUCAAUCAAUCGCCUCCACAUCUUCCGGGCUUGGAUUUGAAGGUAUACGAGCUAAUUUAUGGCGUCGAAGCGUAUAUUGAAGGAGCUUAAGGAUCUGCAGAAGGAUCCUCCCACAUCAUGCAGCGCUGGUCCAGUGGCUGAAGAUAUGUUCCAUUGGCAAGCAACAAUCAUGGGGCCUACAGAUAGCCCCUAUGCAGGAGGUGUAUUUUUGGUCUCAAUCCAUUUCCCUCCGGAUUAUCCUUUCAAGCCUCCAAAGGUUGCAUUCAGAACUAAGGUUUUCCACCCUAACAUCAAUAGCAAUGGAAGUAUAUGUUUGGAUAUCCUUAAAGAGCAAUGGAGUCCAGCUUUGACCAUAUCUAAGGUCCUGUUGUCCAUCUGCUCUCUUUUGACAGACCCAAACCCAGACGAUCCACUUGUACCAGAAAUUGCUCAUAUGUACAAGACUGACAGGGCAAAAUACGAGACCACUGCUCGUAGCUGGACUCAAAAAUAUGCUAUGGGAUGACGGCAAAUUUGUCCUCGGGUGUGUCUGAUACACUUUUAAUUUCAGCUAACUUCAUUUUGUUUUCAUUCCUAAGUGCAGUGUCUUCAUUGUGCUUUGGAUGAAAGAACAAAAUGUUGGUAAGGAAAUCAGUUUAUGUAGACUCUGCAAGGUUGUCAAGACCGAGAUCUUUCAAUAUGUGAAUAUCUAUUUGUUGAAUUUUAGUGAGGGGAGAACCUGAAAUGUAAUUUUACUUUUGCUCCUUCCUACAUGUCUAUUUGACUGUCUUGUAUGAGUGCUAUCUUUUGAGUGGCAAAAAAUUCAGUGAUUAAACUGCAACUCUUUAUCUGUAUGAGACCAUUUUUCUGUGUUC